AUGAUUCUUCGUUCUGUAGAUUCUGAUUCUACGGCAACUGCAGAGGUCAAAACAAUAGGUCGUUAUGCGUUUGGUCCAGAAAGUUUAUUAGAUAUUAGGGAUAUACCGGAACAGUUUGAAAAAGUACCGCCAACAGGUUCUUUAGAUGCUCGUUUAGCGGCUGCUGGGACAGGACGUGAAAAAAGCACUGAAACAGUCGGCCGAUAUUCAUUUGGAUCACACAGUCUUGCAGACAUCAGCGAUGUGCCAGAUUUGUUCUCCAGUAGCAGUGAUGAUAUGCGAACAGCAGCAAGUGUACCGGAUCGAACUAUCGGUCGUCAUCCAUAUACUAUGAGCAGUAUUGUGGAAUUUCAAAAAAUCGGGGACGUGUUUUCAAAUGAAUCGAGCAAUAAGUCAUGUGAAACUUUGAACAGGCGUGCUUUUACCCCUGAAAGUAUCUCUGACAUUCAGAAUUUGCCCGUGGAAUUCUUCACUCCCGCUGUUACCUUUGAAAGUGAUCUAAAUGCUUUUCAGAGAGCGCAAGUACCAUAUGGUUCAGAGGAGCCCCGUCACUAUCACAUGAUGUAUAAGCCUCCUUCCCUGGAUCAAAAUGGGAGCGAAAUGUCAGAUCCAAUUGGGGGGAUAAAUCCUGUGUCACCAACAACUGAAACCAUCAAUCGAUAUGCAUAUGGUUCUGGAAGUGUUACAGAUAUGAGUGAUAUACCGAAGCAGUUUUACAACAAACGAUAUUUCACUCCAAACUGGAAUCAGUAUUAUCCAGGAGGCAAUCGAACUGUAUACAAUCUGACGGAACAAAUUAGACAAGAGAAGGAAAAGUUGCAACAUUUCAAUAACUGUUUCCACCAAGAUCGCUCGGACGCUAGUAAUGAAUGUAAUCCGUAUGGGGAUGGAUCUUCACAGGAGACGGAUAUGCACACUAUCAAUCGUUAUGCUUUUGGCGAGCAAAGUCUUACAGAUAUUAAUCAACUACCAAACCAGUUUUUGGAUACAUAUUAUCAAGUUUCAAAAAAAAAUCCUCCGCCAAAAGUUACAAAAAGUCAUGUAUACAGUAAAGAAAGUCUGGCUUUUAUUCAGAAAUUGCCUGACCCAUUCACUGUGCAAGAACUUAUUAGUAAAUCAAUUUCAUCUACAGAUAAUAUAUAUGGGCCAACUUUCACGGAUCCUACAAUUCUUCAACAGCAAAUGGGCAAUUAUCACGUAUAUUAUACUCCAUUCCAUUUGGGUUGUCAAAAUGAUAUGAAUUUCUAUUCAGAAGGAAACAUCGGCAACGGUUCAACAAGAAUAAUGCCCUUUACUCUUACUUCACCUGAAAUUAUGGAAAUUAAUGCACAUCCAGAAUUUGUUCGUGAAGAUCACGUGAUUGGGAAAAAGGCACUUACACGUGAGGAACACGAAGAUUUACGGGCAAUUCCUCCGAUCGUCAGUGAUAACCCAAAUGUAUUGCCAAUUAUCGAUAGAUAUGAUAUGCCCGAAGACGAAGUAUAUUCUAUUAAAUAUAAUAAUUGCGCCUAUUUUGAAGAACUACCGGAUAUAGUUGAUUCGCAAUAUACUGUUGGUCGUAAUUUGCGAACUGAUGAGGAAAUUCGUGAAAUACAAGCACUUCCCGAUUUCCAUCAGAUUCCAUUUACUCCAUCGAGUGUUGCUGUAAUGACAGCGCAAAGUCAUCAGUUUGUUUCGGAUUUGACUCCAAGUGAUGAUGGCACCAUAUCGGCCUAUAUUGCGCCAGAAAUGCGCUAUCAACAAUGUGAACAGUCGGAUUCUUCGGAAUACAUGAUGAGUGAACCACAAGGAACGCGCGAAAAUAAUAUGUAA